AUAUACAAAGCCUGAUGGACGGUGGAGCUGGCAGAAGCAAUGGCUGCAAGGUUUGGGCUUGUUGUGGCGCAAAGGAUGUAGUUUAGUGAAGUGGAGCUGGAGUGUGAUGCGAGAAAAAUAGUGAUGGAUGUGUGUGGAAAAAGAAUUGGUAGAACACCUUUUGAUCUAAUCAUUGAAAAUUUUUGUAGUCUAAGUGAAAGUUUUGUUUCUUUCUCUUGCUCUCAUGUACGUAAAUCCGGAAAUACCGUGGCCCAUUUAGUGGCUAGAUUGCCACCCAUUGAUGGGGUCAACAUGUAUUCUUAAGCUCUUUCCCCCAAGGGAUCUUGUCUUUGGCGGAACUUGAUCUUACAAAUUAAUAAAAUGGCCUGGUCUUUCCCUCAAAAAAAAUAUGCUGGUAUCCUAGCCACUAUUUUCUUCACUGGACAUAGACUCUGCUGAACUUCAUUACUGAAAUGUUUGGAAGGAGGCCUACAGAGCACACAAAGGUUGUUUGUGCAGGCCAUCUAAUCAGUUGCUUACUCCAGAUUCUUCCUUCUGUCAGGUGCAUAUUAAAAUGUACAUUAAAGUUGAGAAGUGCUUGAAGGCCAACUAGAAGAUUCCCGGUUGCUUAAAGGGGUGGUGUUCAACAAGUAUGUGAUUCUUCCUAGACAAAUGAGGUGCUUAAAGGGUUGAGUACAUGAAAGCUAGAAAUCAAAAAAAUGUUGAAAUAGUGACAGCUGAAGACCGGGGAGUCUUGCUGAAAAUAGAAAGGUGCAAUACUUCAUUAUGAAAAUCCCACAUCAGGUAGAUCACAGUACUCAAACGCAUUACAGUAUUCUUUGACCAGUGUUGUUGAGUGCAGUACCAUCCUGAAUGCGUGAAGCACAAGUUGCCAGAAUACAAGAACGAAAGCUGGUUUGACAGUAGCCGGGGUUAUGUGUUAUCCGAAGGUUUUAAGUAUGAUAAAAGGAACCACAUUUUGGGUGUGGUUGACUGCGAAGAUAAGUGCUUGGGAAAUUGCUCAUGUGUUGCUUAUGCCUCCAUCUACCCUAAAUGGAACCAGUUGCGAACUCUGGAGUAAUAUUUAGCAGUUAUAAGAAGAUGGAUACGUGCACACUUCUCACAGGAUGUUGUACCUGCAAAGAUAAAAAUACAAAGAUAUCAUUUUAGGGAACAGGGGGAAGAGAGAAUUUGGCCAAAAACCAGAUAAGAUUUUUUAUUAAGAAAUCAUUUCGUUUAUGGGUGAUUAGUAGGAAUGAUUAUACAUUUCAUUUACUGGUAGAAAUCUCUUUUACCUGCUACUUUGAAAUGAUUAUUAUAUACCAAGUUUUCCUUAGAUAUUUGUUAGUCAUAGAAGUACUAUUUUUAUAUACUUGAUGGCUGUGAUUUAGCCUUAUAUUGCUCACAGUUGUUGGGAUCUAUGACUAAUUAAAAACUUUUAAAUCUGAAACAGGAGAUAAACUUCCAUCUUAUUAUCAAUGACAAUCAUGGAUUAUUUGAUCUUGAUAAAAGAUGAUGGAUUUGUCUUCAGCCAUUUAUGCCUUCAUAGUGUCUGCACUUUGGCUGAUAUUGUAUUUGUUCUUGCUGUAUUCAUCAAAAUAUUCUCCGUUAAGUCUGUUGGCAGUCCAAACUAUAUCCACCAGUAAAGGGAACAGUCUUUCACCAACUGUUCUACUUCAAUAAACUGUAUGAUUAACAAAAUGAAACUGCUAGAAAACAUCCAACCUUACGGCUGUUAGCGCCUGACCAGAGUGAAUUUUACACAACUGAUGUCAGAAACAUAGAACACAUUCCGAAAACAAGUUUUGACAAGUAUGUGAAAGGCAAGUAUAUUAAAGAUAUACUUAUUGAUCUAUUUGGGGAAGGAAUAUUUGUGGUUGAUGGAGAUAAGUGGAGGCAACAGAGGAGGCUUUCGGGCUUUGAGUUCUCAGCUCGGGUAUUGAGAGAUUUCAGAUCUGCUGUUUUCAGAAGAAAUGCUGCAAAAUUUGUCAGGAUUAUUUCGCAGAUUUCUAAGGGAAUGGCAGGACCUUCCUUUCUCCGGCAAAUUCUCCGUUCUUCAGCAGCCUCCGCCGCCACAAAAACCGAAAAUUUGUUCAAACAACCACGCUACCAUUUCGCCUCUGCCGCCGUUAAAGAGGAAACUCAUGAGUUAACGGAGAAGAACGAUAGUGGUGGGAGAGGCAAAGGAAAGUGGGUAACUUUACCGCCGUUUACCUCAACCGUUAACACUGACUCGCUUGGUAGAAGACUAAGCCGCCGGGAUAUCGAAGAAGCGAAUGAGUCCAUUAAAACGACGACGUCUGCUCUGAAAUGGGUUAUUCGUUGCUGUCCUCAUCUCCCUCAAUCACUUGUCCAGAAACUCUUUCGUCUUAGACAGGUUAGAAGAGAAUGUUUAGAAGGAGACGUGUACAGCAGCGGUGAUGCCCAAGAAUUCAGGCUAAAAAGGGUGGGAGCUAAGGACUCGAUGAAUAAAGGAGAGCGUAUCUUUCUUCCUAUAUCUGUACAAGGAUCAUCACCUGUCAAGAAGCAGCCGAAGUAUGAGUGCAGCGAAGCAGAAAUGAAUUUCAUUCGCAGCCUUGAGUUGUAUAAGGAUUCUGCCAUUAUUGCCAUCAAUAAACCCCCGAAACUGCCAGUACAGGGUGGCCUUGGGAUCAAAAAGAGUUUAGAUGAACUGGCUGCUACAAGUCUCAGAUAUGACGUUAUGGAACCUCCCAGGCUGGUGCACAGACUCGAUAGAGAUAGUAGCGGAAUCUUGGUGAUGGGAAGAACACAAACAAGCACAGCAAUCCUUCACUCUGUUUUCCGGGAGAAAACUAUUGGUAUAACAAAAGAUAAGGAGGUUGACUGGGGGAAGAGAAUCCUACAGAAGAGAUACUUGGCACUUGUCUUUGGGGUUCCCAAACAUGUCAAGGGGUUGAUUUCAGUACCCCUAGCAAAGGUGUUGGUAGAUGAUGGGAAGUCAGAGCGAAUUACAGUUGCAGACAAUGCUUCCUCAUCUCAGCAGGCUGUGACAGAGUAUAGGGUCAUCGAGUCUUCUUCUUAUGGGUAUACAUGGUUAGAACUAUCCCCGGUCACUGGAAGGAAACACCAGCUCCGAGUGCAUUGUGCAGAGGUACUCGGUACACCUAUUGUAGGAGACUACAAAUAUGGUUGGCAAGCUCACCGGAGAUGGGAACCUUUACCAUCAAUUCCUGAUGAGAAAUUUGUUGAAGCAAAAGCGGACCCACUUGGCCUGAAUUUAGAGUGUGGAAGCAUCUCCGAGAAGCAACCCCACUUACAUCUGCACUGUAAACAGAUGAAUUUGCCCAACAUAUCUGUCGCUCUUAAGCAUGUUUCCCCUGAUAUGGAAUAUGACUUCUCUAAGUUGGAGACCAUAAACUUGGUAGCCCCCUUGCCAUUGCACAUGCAGAGGAGUUGGAAUCUUCUGAAAUUUCUCGCUCAGCAAGAUUCCUGAGUCCAUAAGUAUCCUUCUUUUGCAGAUGGUACUCUCUACUUCUCUUUAUUCUUUCCAUUCAUGUUGAGCAAGAGGCAUGUUUUCGGCCUACAUCAUUAAGUUUUCCUUCUCCUUCCAAUACGGCUUUGUUAUAUGGCCUCUGAUAUGUCGGAUUCUUUUCUUGAGUUAGUUGAGUAGGUUUGCAAAUGUUAAGGAUUGGAGUAACUUUGAUUAGAAAUUAGUGACAUAUAUAGGUUAUAUUACAGGAAUUUAAGACUUUUUAGGGGAUAUAUAGCAUAACCAGGUCAGCGGAGAAGAGCAAAGGAUUUCUUUUUCUUUUUUUAUCUAUAAUUUGGCUUCUUGUUUACCAAUUUUCCUAUUCUAUAUUUUUAUGUGGGAUGUAAACAAAGAGCACCUUCGUAUAGGUAAUGUACCAUUUCAAGCUUUACACUAA